CAGGAAGCGGCCGAGAGGAAAGCACGGGGCUCCCCCGGCCUCCGCGUGUAGUGAGUGGAAGCACGAAGGAGGGUCUGAGGAGGCCGCCUGCACGGCCCUCUGGCGCGGCCGUUGAGGACUCACCCGCCCCCUCCGCGCGCGCGCAGUGCGCCCCCCCGGUGCGCCCCGCCGUUCCCGCGCGCGCCAUCCCGGGUGGGACCUGCAGGGCCCAGUUCUUGCCUCCCAGCUCUGCCGCCCGCUGCCGGGCUUCGCUGGGCCGGGAGCGCCGUCCGACUGCCGGAACGAGCCUUUCCGGCGGAGGAGGCAGUGCGUUCAUUUGGGCGCGCCCCGGGAAGGAAGGUGCCUCGCGCCUCGAGAGCGGGGCGGGGAGGGGCCGGGCUUUGCCUGCGGCCCGGGAGAGCGGCGUUGGAACCGCGGAAGGGCGCCUGCCCUCUCGGGGUCUGGGAUUCCGGGACCCCUGGCUCCGUUGAAUGUCCGGGACGGAAGGGCCUUGGUCGACCCCGUCCGCCACCAUCCCCUCUCCCUUACUACAGACCGGGGAAAUGGACGCCUGGAGAGCGGAACUCCAGUUAUCAAAGUUGACUCCAGAAGAGAGAACCUAACAGACCUAACAAUGGAAGAAAUUGAGAAAGUUAUCAAAAAGCUACCAUCCCCCAAAACACCAGUCCCAGAUGGUGUUUCAGGUGAAUUCUUUUAACUUUCAAGAAAAAGAUAAUUAUAAGAUUUAAAUUGUUCACCAGCUUAAAGAAGGAAAAAUGACAGAUUUCUUUUACAAAGCCAGUGGAACAUUGACACCUGAACUUGACAUGAAGAUAGUACUGAAAUUGGAAACUUGGUUAAAAAAAUCCUUCCCGAAGAAGAUCUUAAGCAACACGAUGGAUUCAGAAGCUCAUGAAAAGAGGCCACCAAUCCUAACAUCUUCAAAGCAAGAUAUAGCACCUCAUAUUGCAAGUGUUAGUGAAAUGAAGCAUUACUUGUGUGGCUGCUGUGCGGCUUUCAACAAUAUAGCCAUCACAUUUCCCAUUCAGAAGGUCCUCUUUCGGCAACAGCUGUAUGGAAUCAAAACCCGGGAUGCAGUACUUCAGUUGAGGAGGGAUGGGUUUCGAAACUUGUAUCGCGGAAUCCUUCCCCCUUUAAUGCAGAAGACGACUACACUGGCACUUAUGUUUGGUCUGUAUGAGGAUUUAUCUUGCCUUCUCCGUAAGCAUAUCAGUACCCCAGAGUUUGCAACCCGUAGCCUGGCCGCAGUACUUGCAGGAACGACAGAAGCAAUUUUCACUCCAUUGGAAAGGGUUCAAACAUUGCUUCAAGACCACAAGCAUCAUGACAAAUUUACAAACACUUAUCAGGCUUUCAAAGCACUGAAAUGCCAUGGAAUUAGAGAGUAUUAUCGAGGCUUGGUGCCUGUUCUUUUCCGUAACGGAUUCAGCAAUGUCCUUUUUUUUGGCCUUCGAGGUCCCAUCAAGGAGCACCUGCCUACGGCAACAACCCACGGUGCUCAUUUGGUCAAUGAUUUUAUCUGCGGGGGCCUGUUGGGGGCCAUGUUGGGGAUCUUGUUUUUUCCAGUUAAUGUUGUAAAAACUCGCAUGCAGUCUCAGAUUGGUGGGGAAUUUCAGUCUUUCCCUAAUGUUUUCCAAAAAAUCUGGCUAGAACGGGACAGGAAACUGACAAAUCUUUUCAGAGGUGCCCAUCUGAAUUAUCAUCGGUCCCUCAUCUCUUGGGGCAUAAUUAAUGCGACUUAUGAGUUCUUGUUAAAGAUUAUAUGAAAGAAAUCAGUUAAGUGCCAUUAAUCAACUGAGUAGACCUAAGAAGAAUGCAGUUUGGCCUUGUUUCUAAUUGGCCAAAUACAAGUUGGUGUCAUAAGUCCAGGGCACAGUGAAUUACGGGCAAAGCUGUUUUUCUUAAGCACCAACAAAUUCAGAAUAAAAGGUUUCAGUAGGAAAAUUUAAGGUUUUGGGGGGAGGGUGUUUGUAUUUUUUUUAAUCAUUAUCUGAGAACUUUAGGCUAAUUGCCUGGUUAAUAGCUGUCUAUCUGAUGGCUUUUGACAAGGAAACUAACAGCCAAGAUAUAUGAUUCUUUUUUCCACAAGUCUUCUGUAUUGAAGCAUAAGUGGCCAUGACCAGCCAGAGGAAAGGCUCUUAAGGUCCCAUGAUUUCUCAGGCUUGCUUCUAUUACUCCAUUUCUUCUCUGCUUUUGGGAGGAGUUACAAAGGGUAGUUUUUGUUAACUUAAACAUAUACGUGGUAGGACAAAGGAGCAGAAGAGAGAAGAAAAACAGCUUAUGUGUAGGUUUUUCAUGAUAAAUUGUUUGUAUUCGUUUUGAAACUAGGCACCUGUUGGGAUGGUCAUUAUCCAAAUUAUUUCUCUUUAGACGUGGUAGACUAAAGCAACUAAUGAUAUCUCCCAUUUCGCUUUCUAGGGUAGAAAGUUUUCUCUGUAUUUCUCAAUAUGACCUUAAGCCUUCCCCAAAUAUUUUUAUAUUAAUUUCACUAUUUUGUUGCCAAAAAAUGUGGAGACUUAAAUUUUGUUAAAGGUGUCUCACCCCAUUAAGAAGGUUCAUAUUACAGGUAUCCCCCACUUCUCCAGAGUUUCCUUUAUGCCACUUCGCUUUUACAAAAGACCUACGUUAGUACCUGUUUUCACUAACCAAAAGAAAUACGAAGAUGAUUUUUGCCUUUACAAGAAAAGGUGAUUGCUUCCUCACUCUAUGCCAUUUCGGCUUACAAAAAGUUCCAUGGGAAUGCGGGGGAAACCUGUAAUUGCAUUACAGAUCCAAUUCUGUUUAGCUCAGCUUCUUUGAAUUGUUGCCAACUUAGUGAAGAGCUUUGGAGUUUUGGUAUUUUUUCCUUUGAGUAGUAGUUUGUCAUAGUCAAGUAUCCUGUUCUCUUGAAACUCCCUUUAAAAAAACAACAAAAUGCUUCCAUAAAAUUUUAUUUUGGAAGUCUAUUAAUAGGACCUCAGAUUUUUUUUUCUGGUUUCUAAGUGUUCUAGGGAAGGGGAAAAAAACUCAGUACUUUUUCCCAGAUAAAUAAGGCAAAGUGACUCAUACACCAAUUGAAUAACUAAUAAAACAUACGAGACAUCCUAGAAAAGUGGUUUAUCAAUAUUUUAAAACUCCACGUCUGUAAGUAUUAUGCCGUUAAGGUUACCUUCCAGCAUCUGACAUGGGGCAGAGCAUGUAGGUUUUAUUACCAGGCUUCCAUCAUUCUGGGUAAUUGCAUGUGAAUAUGUGCACACACUGACCAAAAUAAAGUCAGGGUCUCAAUUGGUAGUUUACUCAGUUUCUGGACAGAUAGUCCAAAAAAGAUGUUUACCUCUCAAUGCAGGGCGGCUGGUCAAAUGACAGGAACAUCUUCCUUCCAGCUGUGACGGAUUAGGAGGCAUUAUCAAGCAUUUGCCAGGCAGUAAUGAAGCUCACUAGCUUUACGGAGGCUCUGUUUGACAUCGUUGUGCUGGAAAUGGCAGUUAAUUCUAGAAACCAAGGUGCAGAUGUAAGGAUUUGAGAAAACAAGAAUUUGACCCCAAAUAAAUGAGAGGAGCAUCCUUUGGCCUAUGGAAUAGAGUCAGGAUUUCAAGUGGGUUGAGUUUCAGGAAUGAGUGGCAAAGGCACUAUGGUGCCUGACCCCCUUGCUCACUUGUGUGUCCAGCACUCCUGGGCAUAUCUGAGUGCUCAGCAUGUGGCCGGUGAGUUAGCCUGGGGUCACACCCUGACCCUGGGAGGAGACUUCACUGGCCUUCAGUUCCAGGGGGCUUCCUUUUGCCUAUACACUCCAUGUAGGUGAUAGAAAUCUAAACUCUAAAGCACUUUUGUGAAAUACAAGUGAAGUGAGAAUUUGAAGGAGGAUGCUUCCUUUUCUGCCAUCUCAAACGUGGCAUUUAAAACAUAUUUUUUAAUGGUUUUAACUCAUAUUUUUUUAUUUCUUUGUCACUUUUUACAGCUUUUGAAGACCAAACUGCAAAUACGUUACCAGGGUUGGUUUUAUGUUGUCCUAUAUUUUCUUAAAUUUGACAAAAAACUCAACAGAACUUGUGGUAGCCAACAGCUUUGUCUGAAAUUUAAAAGAAGUCAAAAUGUGUUAUUAGUAAGGAAGAGAUUCUAACUAUUGUUUUUGCCUCAGUGUGAACUAGUAUGGUAAUAAUUUUGAAAAGGCAAACAUGAGUGAAUAACUUAUCUGCAAAGCUUUAAAAGUGGCCUUUCUGUGGCACAGACAGCUCAUGAGCGCAGGGCACUUCUGGUCUUGCCUCCUAUACUUCAUUCUUAUGCCACCAGAAAUAUGUUAUGGAUUCUGUACUUAACACCCUUAGAGUGGUAUGAGCCCUCAGGACUAUACUACAGAGUAAACACAGCCUCUGUACGGUGGCAAAUGUAUGUGUCUUUGUUUCAUUUGUGGUUGGAGACAAAGUUGAUGCUUUAGUCUCAAUAGUCAAUAUUCAUCUUUAUGGUUGGUUAUAUAAUCACCUGCUAUAUAUUACGAACUGUGCAAUGAGACAGAAUUGUGCAUAUAUAAUCAUCUUUGGAGACCUGAAAUUCCCUGGCUUGAUUACAGUGGUGAUGCUCAGUUAUAAGGCUGUACAAACCUUAAUAAGAGGAUAACGGGUGGUACUGGAGGGCUUCAUGGUAAGCCAAUCAUGUUGACCAACACUUCAGUGUAGAUGAAGUACUGUCAUGUGAGGGGCAUGCAGUCAAGAUGGAAGCGAGGUGGGAGAUCACAUUUAAAGAAAGGGUAAGCACUCAGACUUGGUUUCUUUUAAAAUAGUCUUUGUUUUCUCACGUGCUUAUAAAUGUGUAUCAAAGACUUGAAUAGGCAUUCUUAAAUCUGAGGAUUUUUAGUUUUUAAUGCUGUCCUUUUGCCUAAUAGUGAAUAUUUGCUUGCCUAAAUGGCUCCUAAAUUGUGGAGGAGUCUACAUGUUUUCUUUUUUAAAGUUUCAUUAUUAAAAGUGGUUGUUUUUGUUUGAUAUUUUGAGUUUUGUGACUAUAUGAGUUUAAAUGAAAUCUGUUAAAUGUUUCAGAGUUAACAUGUUUCUUUUGGUAUUUCUGAUUGGAAUAAAUUUUUUUUUAAGUCCA